CCAGCCCACGACUGAGUCGAGGUAUCAACAACAGCCAGUUUUUCAAUUUCUUCCUGGUCACAACGUUCUUACGCCUAAACCGGCUCCUAACCGCUGAUUAGUUCUGGACACCUGGAAUUUCCCGGCGGGACGGGCACGGUACUUUGCGUGCGGUAGUUAUCUGCCGGCAUCACAUUGUUUGUUUCCAGGGCCGCCGGCUUACUGUGCUAGCUUCGCUCGGUACAGUGAGAGGACAUGCCGUUACUACACAGGAAGCCAUUCAUCCGGCAACAGCCGCCCCCGGACCUGGACCCGACCGAGCGUCUCUUCUACUGCCGGGUUACAAACGAGAUCUUCAGAGACUACGAUGAAUUUUUCGAGCGCACUAUACUAUGCAACAGCUUGGUGUGGAGUUGUUAUUUCACUGGGAAAUCUGGACUUACAUAUCAAGAAGCUCUUGAGUCAGAAAAAAAAAUUCGCAAGAAUCUGCAGAACUUCCCUGAUUCUUUGAUUGUCCCUCUGUUAUACAUUUCAUCAAUCUCCAGCCGCCAACGCAUACAGGAUCUGUGUGAUGAUAUCUAUGCAUAUGUGAAGAACAGAUUCUUUGUUGGGGAAAUUGUAGAUGUAGUGAGAAACAGUGGAGCAAGAUUGGAGUGCAGGAUUCUGGACGUUAAAGCUCCUCCACAGCAAAAUGGAAUGGCAAAUGGCCACAAAGUUGAUGGGGAUACUAUCAUUAUCAGUGAUAGUGACGAUGAGACUCCUAAAGACGAGGCACCAGUACGGAAGAAAGAACCUCUGGAUCCAACGUUAUUUCGAUACAAGGUUGAGCCUAUUAAAAAGGAGAUGUAUGAAUCUGUCAUUGUUAGAUCAUAUCAAAUAAGUCGUAAUACCUCACUCUUUUCUCAAGAAAGACUGAAGCUCUUCUUGAAACUGCACACAGAGACUCAAGAUGGGAUGAUAAAGCUAAAGGCAAAUUCAAGAUCAAAGUACAAUCUGCUGGAGAAAAACUUUUUUAAUUAUUUUCCUGAUGAACCCCCGAGAUUCCAUCAGUCACCAGCAAACAUCAGGCAAACUGGAAGAUCCUUAACAAAUAAGCACUUAAAUCAAGGGAAUGGAUUAUCAAGUAAACAAAACCAGAUUGAAGCGGCAAGGGAACGCGAAAGAAUAUUGAAGCAUAGAAAGGAACUUAAGGAAAUAGAGAUGAAAAGGGCAAUGAUGAGAAAGCAUCAAGCAGAAACAGCAAUAUUACGAAGAAAAGAGUAUGAGGAUAAAGAACGACAAAAAGAAUUUUUUAAAAAGUUUGUUGAAGUAGAACGAAUAAAGAAGAAAGAAGAAAAGGAGAGAAUUAAGUUAGAAAAAGAGAAGGAAAGGGAAAAAAUUAGAGAAGAAAAACGCAAAUAUGCAGAGCGCCUAAAACUAUGGAGUAAGCCCCGAGAUGACAUGGAGUGUGAUGAUCUACAGGAGCUUCCUGAACCCAUCCCAGUGAAGACCAGACUUUCUCCAGAGUGCUUUGGGGAUGCGCUUAUGAUUUUAGAGUUCUUAUAUGCCUUCGGAGCACUCUUUGAUCUGAGAGAUGAGUUUCCAGAAGGAGUGACAUUAGAAAUACUUGAAGAAGCUUUGGUUGGCAGUGACCCUGAAGGUCCUCUAUGUGAGCUGAUAUUCUUUUUCUUAAGUGCCAUAUUUCAGGCCAUGGCCGAAGAAGAGGAAGAAGUAGCAAAAGACCAAAUCACAGACACUGAAGCCAAAGAUCUAACUGAAGCUUUGGAUGAGGAUCAAGACACAACCAAAUCUGCCUUAUUAGCAGUGGCUUCAUUAGCAGCAGCGUGGCCACAGUUACAUCAAGGUUGUAGUUUGAAGGACCUAAAUUUGGAUAGCUGCACUGUGUCAGAGAUUUUGCGUCUACACAUACUUGCGUCUGGUGCUGAUGUAAACAAUGUUAAUGCAAAAUAUCGAUACCAGAAACAGGGUGGAUUUGAUGCUUCAGAUGAUCCCUGCAUGGAGCUCCGUCUUAAUCACCCUGCGAUACUCAAGAAGCUCUCCAACACAUCUGUCUAUGCCCUACCACCUGGUGAAAAGCUUAAGCUUCUGCAUGCAUUAUGUGGAAAGCUACUAACUUUAGUCACAACAAGAGAUUUUAUUGAAGAUUACAUGGAAGAGUUGCGCCAGUCAAAGCAAGAAUUUAGAGAGCUGAAAGCUGAACAAAAUAAACGAGAGCGAGAGGAAGCAGCUACCAGGAUUCGGAAGAGGAGAGAAGAAAAGCUGAAGGAGCAAGAACUGAGGAUGAAAGAUAAGCAAGAGAAGUUGAAAGAAGAUGAAAAUAGUUUUGACAAAAGUGCAGGAAAUGAAGAACUAGAUGAUUUAGACACUAGCUCUGAAACCAAGGAUGCAGAACAAAAGGACCAGGAUACUGCCUCUGAAGAUGAAUCCACCUCUCUUAAUAAAAUAGGGAAAGGAGCUAAGAUCCAUAUUGGUAUUAAAGAUAUGAAGAAGAAAAAUCAACUGUCAGAGGGGUCAACAGAAAAGAAAGAGCCUUUGACAGCUAAUGAGGAAACAUUUAGAAAAGAACAGCAAAAACGAGAGCAGGAAUUGUUGUUAAAAAUUCAAGAAGCUACAGCCUGUACAAACAUCUUUCCUCUUGGUCGAGACAGAUGGUACCGCCGAUACUGGUCAUUCUACUCUGUUCCUGGGCUUUUUGUUGAGGAGGAUUACUCUGGUCUCACUGAGGACAUGUUACAACCCCAACCUAUUUCUCAAAGAGACAGUAGCAUUAACUCUGCAUUGAACUGUAACGAAUCCUCUACAUCUUCUGUACAAGAAAAUAAGGAAGAACUAGAGAUUCGAAAACCUGUAAACAAGCCAAAUCGUUGGUGCUAUUUCAGUGCAUCAGAGCAAGUGGACAAACUGAUUGAAGCAUUGAACACAAGAGGUCACAGAGAAAGCUCACUGAAAGAAGUCCUGCUACAGGAAAAGAACAAGAUCUGUCAAAGACUCAGUAAUAUAUCUUCAAAUCGCUUUAGCAUUUCAGAUGAUGUUCCACCACAGGAUGUGAAGCCUGUAAGGGGAAAGUCACAGAUUUCUCCUGAUCCUGUAAAGGCCUCUGCAGAAAAGCAAUUAGAACUCAGACUUUGUGACCUCCUUCUGGACAUUGAAGAACGAAUAUACCAGGGUACUCUUGGAGCAAUCAAGGUGCUUGAUAGACAGUCUUGGAGAACAGCCCUUGAGAAAUGUUGUUAUGAAUUCUUAUUUGAUGAAACAAAAGAGAAUGGAGCAAUGAAACAUGUAAACCAAGGCAUUGAGGAAAUGGACAUUGAUAGUGUGCAAAAGCAGAACAUAAAGGAAAGGUUGCAUGGAUUGAAAACUGAUGUCAGUGCUACAUCUACUAAUACAAAUACUCCCCAGUCGGUGACCAAUACUGUGCAUUAUCUUGCACGGGCACUGCAUCAGAUAGAACAAGGUGUAGAGCGCAAGUACCUGAAGUAUCCCCUUGGAGAUGCUGAUGAUUGUAAAAGGGAUCCAAAAUCUGAGAAAAAGAAGAAAGAAGACCGAAAAAAGAAAGAUGAAGACCAGAGCACUGAAAGAGAUGAUGUCAUUGAUAGUGGGCGUGUACAGAGAACUGUACUGGAUCGUUGGCGGGAGUCACUGCUUUCUUCUGGCAGCCUUUCCCAAAUCUUUCUGCACUUGUCUACUCUGGACCGUAGUAUAAUGUGGUCUCGUUCCAUUCGAAAUGCACGAUGCAAGGUAUGCCGUAAGAAGGGAGAUGGUGAAAAUAUGUUGCUCUGCGAUGGCUGUGAUAGAGGACACCACAUCUACUGUGUAAGACCAAAACUUAAGUUUGUUCCAGAAGGAGACUGGUACUGUCCAGAAUGUAAACCCAAACAGCGCUCCCAAAGACAGCUUCCAAAACAAAGACCUUCAAAAGAUUAUGAAGAUGAAGAACUGGAAGCAGAAGAGCUGGAGGAGGAGCAAGAACAAGGUGAUACUGAGGAAGAGACAGUUAUGUCUGAAGAGGAGAGUGUACUGAAGAAAGGAAGGACCAAGGUAAAACUCCCUUUGAAAACAAAAGGAGGAAAGAAAAGUGGGAAAAUUGGACAUAAAAAGGGCGAAGGGAAGACACCCAAAAACCAACAAAGCACUCCUAAAAAUAUUUUGACAGCACUAAAAAGUGGUGCAACCACCACAGGUAGAAAAACCCAAUCUGCUCCUUCUAUGGGAAAUAAAAGCAUGUCACAUCUCUCAAACUUUAACUCGCCAAGUUCCCAUGAAACAUCUCUUGUUGAACUGGUAUCACACCAAGUAAAAGGGAGAGGGCGAGGAAAAGCGCUUAAAUCUCUAGAUAAUACUCCAGAGAGUAGUCCAUUUGCCUUCCGCCCAUUUAGUCUUAAUAUUUUUGAGAUAGCACCACUUGGAAAGCGAUCACAACCACAGACUUCACAACAUGACCCUGGAGAUUCCAAAGGAAAAAGCAAAAAGCGGGUCUCUGCAGACAUAUCUUCAGUGGAACAAGGAAGCAGAAGGAGCUCUGGACGUCAUUAUGGGGUUCAUGAAAUAUCAGCCUGCGAGCAGCUGGUUGUGGAGUUAGUGAGACAUGAUGACAGUUGGCCUUUUAUGAAGGUUGUGUCAAAGCUUCAGGUUCCAGAUUACUUUGACAUUAUCAAGAAGCCCAUUGCCUUAAACGUUAUCCGUGAGAAAGUGAACAACUGUGAAUACAAAUCUGCAUCUGAAUUUAUAGAAGAUAUUGAACUGAUGUUCUCCAAUUGCUUUGAGUAUAACCAUAUUAAUAGCAAUGAAGCGAAAGCAGGAUUUAGGCUGCAAUCCUUUUUUAUUUGUGAAGCAAAGAAACUGGGACUGGAAGUUUCAACCAGCAAGAACAUUGUUCCCCCGUUAUCUAAAAAAUCAAGGCUCUGAUUGUUCUCUACAUUUACAAGAGACUAAACCCUUACUUUCAAAUCUUUAAUUUGGAGAAUUUCCUGCUGAACAUCACAAAGCAAUAAAUGUAAUGUCUAGAAACCUGAUAUACUUGAUUUCAUGAUCUAGCAAGUCUGUUAAAGGAGUUAAAUUGGUUUCAUGCCAUGUUUUAUAUAUAUGUUAUAUAUGUAUAUCAGAUUUGCCGCAAACUCUUUUAUAACUUUAUAGCAACAUUCAAUUUUCUAUGUUGUUAACAUCACUCAUUUUUAUAAUUUUUGUAGCUCUUUUGCUAAACAGUAACUUACUUAGUAGCAGGGGAAAAAUAAUUGAUUAUACAAUUGCUACCUGAACAACACUACUUGGGUGGAUAAAAUAAAAUAUAUUUUUGGAUGGACAACUAUGAAUAUUUAAGAAUUUCCUACUUAGAUAUUUAUUUAGCAUUGAAAGAAAUUUGUGAUUUUUUUUUUUUUAUUAUUAUUAUUUAUGGAACUUCAAAUCUGAAGUAAACCUCUGGAUGUAAAAAAAAAAAAAUUGAAUCUUAAUGUCUUUUUCCUUUUAUAUGUGACAGUUUUUGGGACAUUUUCAUCAAGAAAAUACCUAUAAUUUACUUAGGUACAGAUUCCUGUUUAAGAAAAAAAUAACCUCUGCUAAUAAAAGUUGGUUCUUUUUCAAGAA